UAAGUACAUAUGUAUAGCAUUACAGGAAAUUGUGUACGAAUUUGGUUAAAAAUAAAUAAAUAAUCAGUGAUACUGAACAUAAUCUUUGAUUGAGAUGUUUUUGAUUUUAAUACGUGAGUCUAACUAACGCCUGUUGGUAUUAAAGAUCACUUCCUCAAGAAUGUCUGACUCGAAGGCACACCGAAUCUUCGGCUUUAAACCGAGUUCGAAAUUCUCUGUGGAAACAUUGGAUUUGUCGUCGAUAUCGUCUCGCAGUGCGGCCCUGUCUCGAGUAUUGAUCUGUACGAGAGUUGUCUGCUGCCCCUCCCGAACCCAACGCUGGAUGUUUCAUCCCUCCGCAGCCCCUGAACAACAAGGAUGUCGUGCACCUGUGACUACAGUGUUGGUGAAAACCUUACUAUAUACAUAUAUACGCCGAGGAGACAUUGUCCUCCGCACUAUAUACACAUAUAACGUGCGAGCUUACGACUUGACUCAUCAUUUGUUCUUCAUUUUCAAUAUAACGUCAUGAUAUCCUAUAACAUCAUUCGAUGUUCGACCUUUCUUUUGUGGAAUAAUUUCAUUUUACUGGAAAUUCGAGCUCACUUAUACAACCAUGCAAGAUACUCUAAAAGAGAAAGUGACCAACAAGGAUGUUCUUAAUGUUGAGUAUAUUAGCUAGAACUGUUCACGAACAACUUGUAAACUGCCAGCAAACUGUUCCUGAGCAAGAUACAAGCAAGGUUCUUCAGGAAUAAGUCUCCACUGAUAUACUGUUUUCAAAACAAUGUUUACUGUUCAUUGGUCUAUACUGACUGUGGACAUUAGUGCAAACUUAGACUGUUAUUUGUUUUGCUACUUCAUAGGUAGAUAUUAAUAUAAAGUAUAAAAAUUUUUUUAA